AUGUGUCUAAAUAUUCGACCGUACUUUUUUGUGGAGAAGGAACAUAGCUUUUAAGAAGUGUAUUAAGAAAUCGAUUUUAUUUGGAGAUAUAAUAAACUCAUAAAUCUUUAGCAAUUAUUCCAAGUUAUCACAGUCUUCGAAAAAGCCAAAAUGGACGCAUUAAAAGAUGAAGUAGAAUCCUUGGAAGCUAUAUUAAUGGAUGACGUUCAAAUAACUAGAGCUUCAGAAAGUGAUAUUCCUGAAGUUAUUGAAACUACUGUGUUUCCUCAAGUAGGUGAUGAAGCGGAACAAUAUGUGUGUGUGACUCUGCAAGUAAUUCCAACCGACGACUAUCCCGAAACAAGUCCUCAAUUUAAGCUAUUACGCCCACGUGGUUUGGAUGAUGCACGCUUAGAGGAGAUCAAACGAGCCUGUAAUGAGAAGUUGAGAGAAUCCCUAGGCUUCCCUGUUGUGUUCGAUCUAAUUGAAGUUGUUCGGGAACAUUUAACAGAUAGCAACUUGCCAAGCGGUCAGUGUGUCAUAUGUCUAUAUGGCUUUAGUGAUGGCGACGAAUUUACACGUACAGAAUGCUUUCAUUACUUGCAUAGCUAUUGCUUGGGACGACAUUUAAAUGCAUUGCGUCGAACUUAUAAGGAGGAAUACGAUAAGUUACCAAGUUGGCUUCAAAAGACAGCUGAUCCAUUUCAAGCACUUUGUCCAGUUUGCCGUGAGCCGAUUAAGGAUGAAGAAGAUAGCCUACGAUGUGCCAUGCCGCCGUCAGAGCUUGAAAAUGCACCUGAAUUCAAAUUAACACGAGAACUGCGAGAUCUUCAGCAGCGAAUGUCUGCCUUAUUUUUGAAGCAAAAGAGUCGUGGCGGUAUAAUAGAUGUGGAUGCUGAAACUGGGACUGUUAUUUCAAUUGAAAGCGAAGAGGAGAUGAGAUUGCGGUUACAAACUAAACCAAACAGUAAUGGCAGUAAUAGAGCAGAAAACACGCAUACACAAAGUAACUCUUUGAGCUCAGAAGGUAGAGGCAGCAGUCGAUGCCAGAAUGCAGGAACGUCGUUGUUUUCAGAACAUAAAGAUCCUACUUGCUCUAAAUCAUUGGGCAGUCCAAACUGUGCACCAGUGGUGCAAGCCACACACCAAGUAAGUGGCGAUUCAACUAACAACAACUAUCAUCAUCAUAAUCGCCGCCACUUUCGAGGCGGUAGGCGUCAUCAACAACAUCAUCAUCAUCAUCGGAGUGAACGGGAGCGAGAGCGGGAUCGUGGCCGUGGAAAUGAACCCGCUGGUAACAGCGGAGGCAGUAGCAGUGGAACGAAUACUAAUACGUCUUCCUCAACUGGUGGUAAACAGACGAAGGCCCAAGUGCCAAAUAGUGUGCACGGCAGGUGACGAUUGGUACGAUUUAAAGCAUUGCCUCAUGCCAGGCCUACGAAUAUAUACAAUGAAUGUAGCAGUAUAAAGUUGUAUAAUUUCUGCAGCUAUGAAGAAACGCAUAUACUGAAAGUUUGCAUUGUGGCACAUUCUCUUAAUUUUACCGUAGCAUGAUUGACAUGUAACUGAAAUGCAGUGAAAUGCUUAUGAAUUUGAGCUGAUCUCAUUUUUUGUUUUGUCAUAAAAUCGUUUUCAUCUAAUCGCAACAUUUACAUAAAGUGAGGAACAUUUUUAUUACAUACAUUUUCAAUUAAUAAAUCAACACGUGAAUUUUUUAAUUCACAAUUCAUAUUCGAAAACGCACAUAUAAAAUUUGAUUAUCUUAACGAUAAAAAAGGACAUUGUGUAAUUCUACACAAGUAUUACCUAUAAUUUUCCAAUUUUAGAAAAAUUGUUCCGAAAAAUCAAAAUAUACUAAAAAUAAGUAUACUCCUUAUCUUUCAAACAUUUUUAAAUAACUUAUAUCAAAAGUAUAAUUGAAAAUUUGCCAUCAAAUUUGGAAAAUUUGACUCCAACCAAUGGCCAAAUUUUUGACUAAUAUGGAAAAUAUAUUGAGUUUAAUAAAGAACUCUUAUUAUCAUGUUCAAUGAUGAUUUAAAUUAUGAAUUCUUAAGCUGAAUUGAAGUUUGUAGAAGUUAAUUAAGAUCAGAAAAUAGCAAAAUGUUCUAAAAACUCUGAAACCGCUUGGCAUAUAAAACAUCUUUCUUACCAUGCGAUUGUGUGUGUCAAUGCUGUCACCAUUCACCACAAGAAAUACUAUACUUAAAAAAAAUUUACUCAUAAAUACAUACAGCGGUGACGAGUUAAUUACGAACAGUUUAAUCUUAUUCCUGUUUUUGGAUGCGGAGUUGCACAAUAAUAAGCACAUAGAAAAUUAAGUAGUCAUUAAUGAUAUAUUUUUAAAUAAAAAGUUCUUCGCUUCUGAGCCCUGCUGGCGGAGUAAUUAAGAACGAUUGGAAAAUAUUUAUUUUUAAUAAAUGUGUCUCAAUGGUAUUGAAUCAAUGGAUUUUUGAAGUUUCACUCUGAAUCUAUAACCUCUUAAGCCACUGUCUUCAACUCUUCAAAUUAGCAUUUUUUUGUAAUAUGCCUUUUAAUUUUGUACCAGAAGUUGUCAAUCAGGUUCAAGAUUAUAGGUCAAUUUGACAGCAUCAAUACCAUUGUGUGCAAACUAAGUCUAUGUGAAGCAAGCUUUAUUUACAUCAUUGUCUCGGGCAAAUUUGGAAGUUCAUAUUCAGUUUUUGGUAGUAUCGAUCAGAGUUCAAAUUGCCCUAGAUCUUAAAUUAUUAUUAUUAUUAUUUAUUAACAAAUUAAUUACGUUAAUAUUGAAUAAUAUUAGCUGCCAGAGCUAUUAGCUCUACAAAAAUAUUUAAAAACAGUAGGACUAGAUUGCUUGUGUAGAAAUAAAAUGAAAUAUGCUUGUACUUAUAAACUUAUAUACUAAAAACUAAA